AUGACUAAACCUCUGUCAAAAAUCGGAUCUAUUACUUUUGCAACUAUUGUACUUGCCUUCUCUUUAUUAUUGAUUCUUCAUAAACCUCUGCCACCUGGAUUUUGUGAAAAAUCCACUAUUGAUCGAGUGAUUUUACAUCUCUUCGAGCCGAUUCUUCGAGCAUUUUAUUAUUAUCCGUCCAAAUACCUCUUCACCUCUGCCGAAAAUCAAAUAUGGUGGACACGUCUCUCCUUGAACAGUCUAUCCAAGACAAUGGGUCCCAUAAAUGUAUUCGAUAGACACUCUGUACUAGUAAAAGAUGCUGUGUGGAAUGGAGUAAACGUCCGUACCUAUGAACCGAGACUAUUGAAGAACGCCACUGGCGGAGCUGUUGUCUUCAUUCAUGGCGGGGGAUUUGCAAUAGGAAGUGUCGAAAUGUAUACUGGGUUGACGAGGAGAAUGGCGAAAGAAAUGAACACUUUCGUAGUCUCCAUCGACUAUCGUCUUUCCCCGGAAACUGUUUUUCCUGAAAAUCUCUUUGAUUGUGAAAAAGCGGUCGAUUAUCUAUUUCAAAACGGAGCCGAAGAAUUCGGAAUUGACCCGAAAAAAGUUGUGAUAAUCGGUGACUCUGCUGGUGGCAAUCUGGCUACCGUAAUCGCGCAACGUCGUCUGGAAAAGAAGGCGGAGCCUAAACUGGCUGCCCAAGUUCUUUUGUACCCAUUGCUACAGAUGGUGGAUCUGCAAAUGGUAUCGUAUCGAUACUUUCAUAAGAGAUUGGAUGGUUUUGCGUUUGUUGAUCCCAGAUCCGUUGCAUUUUACUAUAUGUUAUAUGCUGGAAUCCCGUUGGAAAAAGCGAAGGAAUUAGUGCCGGCAGUUAUCACGAAUGGACAUAUUAAACCAGAGCAUAGGGAUAGAAUAGAUAAAAUCCUCUCCCAUCGCUCAUUUAUCGAAUCCACACAUUUGUACAACCUUUCGAAAGUUCCAGAAAGAUGGGAAAUCCAGGAAAGCUCAGAAGCUCAAGACCUUCUUGAUCCCAUAAUUUUUAAUCCUUAUUUUUCACCACUUAUGAGAGAAAAUUUGGAGAAUCUGCCUAAGAGUCUGAUAGUGACUUGUGAAUUCGAUACGUUGAGAGAUGAGGGAAUGAUUUAUGCAGAGAGAUUGAAGACUGCUGGAGUGCCCACUAAACUUAUCAAUCUGAAAAAUGGAUUCCAUGCUAUGCUCAAUAUGCAUAAUGAGAUAACGGAGGCCUCGUUUUGUUUAACUGAUGUGAUGAGCUGGAUUUUAAAGCAAUUUUAA